UCACAAACCAAUUUUAGGAGAGAGUUCCUGACCUGGAGCAUUACUGUAACAGCAGGAGAAGUACAAACCAAAGAGAGGUGUUCCUCUGUGCUGCUUUGCAGGGUUCCCCCAAGUGCAAGAAGCUGUCACCAUUGGACUCCCCAAUGAAUCAUUAACUGGCCACAACCUCUGCAUAGUCCACAGAGCAAACAGCCGAGUGCAGGACAAAGGGACCUGUCUGGAACGAGAGAAAACCAGGGCAGGAAAGUGGAAAAAGGGGAAGACAAGAAGAGGGGGCCUGAGGGAAAUGACAAAAAAGCCAGGGCACCUCCAUUUUGCUUUGGGCAUCGAGGGGCAAACUAACAAAUAAAAGGAGCAAAACGCAGUGUGGAUUAAACUUUAGCAGUACCAUUCUAAAUGUCUUUUGUCUUUCUGUGUUGCCUCUGAUAAAAUAACAUGAAUGGGGCCCAGAGUACACUUUGAGCAGCAAAGUUGACCAUUAACCCCAUCAUUGAUUGCAGCAUUGUUCUCCGUGCACCCAGGUCUGCACCGUAAACCGGGUUGUGACACAAAGUUCACAGCCCUUCUCCACACAAGCACUAAUCCCUUUGCCUGGAGAACAGGAGGAGAGAGUGGUGUUUUUUGCAGCUGCUCUUGUUUUAUUUCCACUUAUUUUAAUUCCACUUGGGCACAUUGUCUCACUGACUGGCUGCUGAAAUCAUGGGAGCCAUGGGGUACGGGUACUACCGCGCCACUAUCUUCAUGGCCAUGUUCAUGGGCUACACACUGUAUUACUUCAACAGGAAGACAUUCUCUUUCGUGAUGCCUUCUGUAAUGCAGGAGAUCAUGCUGGAUAAGGACGACCUGGGUCUGAUCACCAGCAGCCAGUCGCUCGCCUAUGCCAUCAGCAAGUUCAUCAGCGGUGUGCUGUCGGACCAGAUCAGUGCUCGCUGGCUCUUCUCCAUUGGCCUCUUCUCGGUGGGCACCAUCAACGUGGUCUUCUCCUGGUCAUCCACGGUCACCGUGUUUGCAUGGCUGUGGUUCCUCAACGGGCUGGGCCAAGGGCUGGGAUGGCCCCCAUGCGGCAAGGUGUUGCGUAAGUGGUUUGAGCCAUCUCAGUUUGGGACAUGGUGGGCAGUGCUGUCCUGCAGCAUGAACCUGGCCGGGGGGCUGGGCCCCAUCAUUGCCACAGUGAUGGCUCAGAGCUACAGCUGGAGGGCCACGCUCUCCGUGUCCGGCUUCACCUGCCUGGCUGUCGCAUGCCUCUGCCUUCUGCUCAUCAAAAACGAGCCCAGAGAUGUGGGCCUGCCCAACAUUGAACCUGGGACCAAGAAGGGCAAAGCAGGUACAUCUGGUGAUGAGAGUACUUUGAAAGAGUUCCUCUUGUCCCCUUACCUGUGGGUGCUGUCUGUGGGCUACCUGGUGGUGUUUGGUGUGAAGACUGCCUCUACUGACUGGGGUCAGCUCUUCCUCAUCCAGGAGAAGGGCCAGUCUGCACUCAUGGGCAGCUCCUACAUGAGUGCCCUUGAAAUUGGGGGAUUGGUUGGCAGCGUCUCCGCAGGGUACCUCUCGGACAGGGCCGUGGCUCAGCAAGGCCUUCGUAGCCAUGGUAACCCCCGUCACAGUCUCCUGCUCUCCAUGAUGGCUGGGAUGUUUGUGUCCAUGUAUCUCUUCCGUGUCACAGUCACCCCAGAAAGCCCCAAGGAUGCUCCAGUCCGGGUGGUGGCUCUUCAUCCUCUGUCUAUACUCACUGGUUUAACAGAACAAGAGGUUUGGAUUCUUACUUUAGGGGCAGUAUUUGGCUUCUCCUCCUAUGGACCAAUUGCUUUGUUUGGGGUGAUAGCCAAUGAAAGCGCCCCUUCAAACUACUGUGGAACGUCACAUGCCAUUGUAGCUCUGAUGGCCAACGUUGGUGGUUUCCUCUCGGGACUCCCAUUCAGCACCAUUGCUAAGCAGUACAGCUGGGACACAGCCUUCUGGGUUGCAGAGAUGACCUGUGCCCUGACCACUGUGUGCUUCUUCCUUCUGCGCAACAUCCGCACCAAGAUGGGCCACGUGCCCAAGAAGGACGACUGAGGGCCUUGUCAAAUGAUUCUUAACAGCCAAUGUCUGAGGAGUGUUUUAUCCUGAGUAUCACAAUAUCGCAACAGAGGCUAGGUUUUCCGAAAUGAGAUUUUAUAUGAUUGGAAUAGUAUAAGUAUAUUCUUUUGAGACCAUUUUUUUCUUAAU